UCAUCACUUCCUCUACUGAACUAGGAUACAUUGAAGAAAAGCACUUCCUGAAACUCAUUUUGAGCGCUCUAACUUCAAGCAUUUAAAUUUCACAUUCUUUACACUUGUUCAGACUGGCAGUAAAGGGUAAACUGUCUGCACACUAGAAGUGGCUGCUCUGACAGGACUUCGUCUUCUGUCCCGUGACACCUAAUAAGGGAAGCUACAGGGUUAACAUUGUGCACCACCCUGCAAACAGUGAAAAAAGAUCAAAAUGAGGAGAAGGGACACACCCCUUUGUAAGCAGCAGUCUACACCAUGCCUUGGGAAAGAAAUGCCACGGCUUUUCCCAAGAAUCUCAAUGAGUGAGGUGGACGAGAGAGUACGUCUCAUAGCAGAAAAGGUUUACGCCUCGGCACUGAAGGAGGAAGACACCAAGGAUGCCAUGGCACUGUUCAGUGUGCCAGAGGACUGUCCCAUCGGUCUGCAUGAGGACAGGGAGAGAGCUCUGCAGAAGGAACUGGCUGAGCAGCAGUCUCAAGAGUCUGCUAAGAAGAAGAAGAGUUUCAUGUUGAAGCGUUCGCAGUCAGUAUCUUUACAGAUACCCGUCAGUGGUGACUGGGCUCUGUCUGUGGUUUCCCCAAUGCUCUCCCCAACCACACCUGAGCCUCAUCUCCCAGAGAGCUUCCCAGACUUCCAGAGAGUUACCAUCAGCGGAGAUUACUGUGCAGGGAUCACAGUUGAGGAUUAUGAGCAGGCAGCCAAGAGUCUCCUCACAGCACUGUUAAUCAGAGAGAAGUACUCCAGGCUGGCCUACCAUCGCUUCCCCAGGACCACUGCCCAAUUCCUCCGCAACGCUGAAAAUGAAAAGUGGCGGGAGGAGGAUGAGAUCUUGCCAGACAUCUGGCCUUUCCCUCAUGAAGGGGAAGACCCAUACUCCAUGGAGGGUAUUCCUGAGAACCUGAACUAUGAGCUGCAGAUGAAGGAUGGCAUAGUUCAUGUUUACAACAAUGAAGAGGCCCUGAAACAUGAGCAACCCCACAGCCUCCCUUAUCCUGACCUUGAGACUUUCGCCAUAGACCUGAGCCAUGUCCUUGCUAUGAUUGCUGAUGGCCCAACGAAAACUUACUGUCACAGACGGUUGAACUUCCUGGCCUCUAAAUUCUACCUUCAUGAAAUGCUGAAUGAAAUGGCAGAGCUGAAAGAGCUGAAAUGCGUCCCGCACAGAGACUUCUACAAUGUCAGAAAGGUGGACACACAUAUACACGCUGCUGCUUGCAUGAACCAGAAGCAUCUGCUGAAAUUUAUAAAGACCACGUACCAGACAGAGGCAGAUCGUGUGGUUUUGGAGAGAGGCUGUCAGAAGAUCACACUCAAGGAAGUCUUCAACAACCUCCACAUGGACCCCUACGACCUCACUGUGGACUCGCUGGAUGUGCACGCUGGAAGACAAACAUUUCACCGGUUUGACAAGUUCAACUCCAAAUACAACCCUGUGGGAGCCAGCGAACUGCGAGAGAUUUACUUGAAAUCAGACAACUACAUCGAAGGAGAAUACUUUGCACGUCUCAUCAAGGAAGUAGCUAAGGAGCUGGAGGACAGUAAAUACCAGCAUGCUGAGCCCCGUCUGUCCAUUUAUGGCCGCUCUCCCAGUGAGUGGGAGAGCUUAGCAACUUGGUUCAUCCAGCACAAGGUCCACUCACCAAACAUGAGAUGGAUGAUCCAAGUUCCCAGGAUCUAUGACAUUUUCAGGUCAAAGAAAUUAGUACCACACUUUGCCAAGAUGCUGGAGAACAUUUUCCUCCCCCUCUUUGAGGCGACAGUCAAUCCGCAGAAGCACAAAGCAGUACAUGUAUUCUUAAAAUACGUGACAGGGUUUGACAGCGUGGAUGACGAGUCCAAACACAGUGACCACAUGUUCUCUUACAAAAGCCCAAAGCCUGAGGCGUGGAUCACAGACGACAACCCUCCCUAUACCUACUACCUGUUCUACAUGUAUGCCAACAUCAUGGUGCUAAACAACCUGCGCAAGGAGCGAGGACUGAACACCUUCCAGUUUCGUCCCCACUGUGGUGAGGCUGGCUCCAUCACCCACCUGGUCUCUGCCUUCCUCACAGCUGACAACAUCUCCCAUGGACUCAACCUCAAGAAGAGUCCAGUGCUGCAGUACCUGUACUACCUGGCCCAGGUCCCAAUUGCCAUGUCCCCACUGAGCAACAACAGCCUGUUCCUGCAGUACUCCAAGAACCCUCUGCGAGAGUUUCUACAAAAAGGCCUGUGUGUGUCGCUGUCUACUGAUGACCCCAUGCAGUUCCACUACACCAAGGAGGCUUUGAUGGAGGAGUAUGCCAUCGCAGGCCAGUUGUGGAAGCUGAGCACCUGUGAUUUGUGUGAGAUAGCCAGGAACAGUGUGCUGCAGAGCGGACUCUCACACCAGGAGAAGAAACACUUCAUUGGUUCCAACUACCUACAGGACGGACCAGACGGCAAUGACAUUCGGCGGACAAACGUGGCACAAAUCCGCAUGGCCUACCGCCACGAGACACUGUGCAAUGAGCUGAGUUUUCUAGUGGAUGCAGUGAGGACUGAGGUCGGCACUAGCCCACCUGAGUGAUUGCCUACGCCAGCACAAACUGUGCCUGGAUACGUCCUCAGGGACAAAAAGGGGCAUAGGCUACAGAGCAUAUACAUUUUCUUAUAAAUCUUCCUGCCCCUUAUUUGAAAAAAAGGGGUUCUUACUGGUUUAUGUUGACCUUGGUGCAGGCAUUUGAAAUGGCCUACUUAAUUUAGCAUGAUGAAAACUUGAUUUUAAGACUGUAUUCAAAGCUGUAUCUAUGAACUUCACCGAGUGCCUUAUUUUAUUUUUUCAAAUGCAUGAUUUUGAUAGAUGUGACUAAGAGGUCAGGCAACUAUUCAGAGACUGGUGCAAGUGUAACGGAGCUAUUUGGCUGAAAGCAUAGAGGUGAAAUCAGUAUCACAAAGCCCUGUUAGACUAAUUAGAAAGAAUUUCUUUUUUAUGUUUGUCAUUUCUCAUAGUUUUUGAUAUGGAAAUUAAAGAUUGCAGAACAGUCCAGAAUGUUUUUAACUGGAUAUUUUGGGCUCCAAAGCCCCAGGUUUACUACAUAUUGUUUGGGUCUACAUAAUUUGAUGAAACAAAAUUAAAGUAUAAUAUCAGCUAUGAUGAGCUCUCAAUCCUCCAUCUUGUGGUCCUGCUUUUCUAGAGGGGCUGUGUCAAAACCUAUCUUAAAUACCUUUACUGUUUUAGUUUACUGCUUGCUUUGAUUUUUCAUGAUCAAUUAAUUGUUCAGUGUAUAAAAUCGAAGAAAAUGCUAUCAUUACUCCCUGAAUCCUUAAGUUUUUCUUUUCCUUUUGUCUGUCUGAUUGUUCAGUCUGACAGUCAAAAUCACAAAGAUGUUGAGUUUACUAUCAUAGAAAGCUGAGAAACUAACAAAUAUUCAAAUUCAACAAUAUGUUACCAGAGAUGUUUUAGCUUAAUAAAUCAAUUUAAAAUGAUUAACCUGUUAUCAAAAUUGUUGCCAAUUAAUUUUCUGUCAAUCAACAACUCAAAUAUUAAAUCUCUAGACUACUAGUUGGUUUUUGGGAUGUUUGGGGAAACACUGAAAAUACCAUGUACAGUGGAGGUCAUUUGGAGCCAAACAACAAAUAUUUGCCCGGAGCCACCUGGUAGGUUAAUCCUGCCAUGCAUUUUAUAUAAAAUUAGUUAUUGACAAGUUCUGCUCAUUUUCAGACUAAAGUAAAAUAAAGUAACAUGUUCUCACACUAGCAGCUGCCUACCUUAACAUUAGUGAGUGGUAAACUGGUGUCUGCUGGCCGUAAGGAAGAGGACACUUGCAGUGAAGGAUCUUGUCAUUUCAUUGUUUAACUGCAGCCUUCUUGGCGCUCUGUAAAAACUGGAAAAGGUAGUGAGGUUAGUGUUUGAGCUUUUCACAUUGAGAGAGAAAGAUGAUGGUCAGCACACAAAAGCAGGGGAAACUACAAAAGCUAUUACCAGGGUAUCAGCAGGUUUUAAAAAGAAAAAACAGCCUCAGGGGGUAUCAACAAGUCUUAACAUAAUUUACAAAAGGCCUUAAAAAAAUUUCAAGCCUGUUAAUUACAAAAAAUAUUUGUUAGUGAUUUUAGCAAAACCUGGGUAGAAAAUCCCUAGCACUAUUGUACCAUACAGCUGACAUAGAUUAAUUUAAAUAAAUUUGAUUAAAUUUGAUAUUUUUUAAUGGUUAAUCACAACAUCCAUUCAUUUCCUGCUGAUUAUCCAGGUCGAGUCAUGUUUAAGGAUUAAUUAACUAUAUUUUUUUGACAUAAGCCAGAUAUCGACUAAAACAUGGAAUAAAUAUUGGGCAGUAUUACCAUCAAACAGGUAUUAAAUUACAUUCUGUGUGACAUCAAAAAUAUACAGAAACCCUAAUUUAAAGUGUGAAGUUACCAAGGGACGCUUAAGUUACCUUUUGAUUUGGCAGGUCAGGGGAAACUUAAUGGAAACUCAUUUUGCAUUAUUGAGCGAACAGUUCACCCUCUAGAUAAAAAAAACACUACAUUUAACCUUGUCAGAUCUGUUUAAGUACAGUGUUUUUAUUAAAUCAAGACCAGGUCCAAAGUGGAAAAAAAGCAGUGAACUCUCCCUUACUUGAUUUAAUCAAUAAAAUCAAGUUUUUCACAAAUUUGAAAGUGGGUUUCAAACAACAUUAAGGCUUUAAAUACAAUGCCUAACACAUUUUCACAACAGUAAGAGGUGCAAAAACACAGGGAACCUGUCGCUCAAUAAUGUGAAAUGAGUUUUCCUUAUAUUUCCCCUGAACUGUCAAAUCAGAAGCUAACUUCAGCAGCACCCUGUAGUAACUAGUAACAGCUGUAAACAAAAAUACUAACUUUUAACUAGUAUUAAAGUCAAUAAAAACUCAUUUCCAAUUAGUAUUUGACCUAAUGUCCAUGUAGGGUUAAUUAACCUUCCAUAUAAUUUAGAUAACCUAGCCAACCUGACACCUGUUGUACAUUGAUAUAUGUAAGGUUUGGGUUUUGAGCUAGCCAACGUUAACGCAAUUAAUGGCUAACGUUGGGGGGAUAUUUUAAGAAUAAUAAUAAAAAAAUAAAUUCUUUUUGUAAACACAAUUUACUUACCAGAAAUGUCCAGACUUUAGGGGGACAGCUUUCCAAUGGUGUGCGCCUUACUGUCGUCUAGCUCUGGACUGGUUGAAACCGGAUGACACAUCUUACAGUUCCUUUAGAUAAAAAACGAAAUGAACAAUAUGAGAUAACGAAUGAAAAUUUGUCAGUUGGAACAAAACUCUGUUGGUCAACGGUUUUACAGGUGAACCAUGUUUCAGUUAUUUGCUUCAGUUAAAUUUUUGUACACUAUUUGCGGCCUAAACACAAUUGAAAUGACCUGCAGUCAGCUCACUUUGCUAACAGUUCAUAACUUAAUGACCCUGACAACACACCCUAAUCCCACCGUGAUGAAGUCAAUGAGCCGCAGGUGCUUCACAGACCCUAGCCGUUAGCUUGACUUAAUCAUAUCUCGGUCCUUUCACAUAGUCGGUGCUCCUAAACUUCAUAAAAGUAAAAUAGUUAAAAUGUGAACUGAACAAUGCGGAGGGGGACUCUUCCACCAGGUGUAAUAAGUCCAGUCAGGUUUGUGUAAAGUUGCCAAAAGAGACAGCAGAGUAAAUCCCAGUCAUAUAAAUUCAAAAUGGCGCACAUUCUUCUUCGUCAGCAGACCGCAGCGCCACUCAGCCCCAUGAUGUCCAGAAGCUGUAUCACAACAGCCCCUUCUGCAACAAAAAAAAUACACAAUUGGUCCAUGUAAUUUGUAAUAAAUACUUUCCUCUCUUCAAUUAUCAUCCUACUCAUUAAAGUGCUACACCUCUCUGUUGACUGCAUUUAUCUGGAGUUACCUCGAAGUGUCAAUAAAUAUUAUCUGAUUUGAGAUAUACAAUGAAUCCAACAAGACUGCAGAUCCUAAAAUCAAAUGUCAAAAUCAUAAAUGAAAUACUUGCCCCGGAUUUUAUUCCAUAUUGCCCUACUGUUCUAUAAAGAGAAAUUACACAGUACUGUGCUGAAAUAAUGUAUGAAAUAAAGACAUAAAAAUGAUAAUAAAAAACUAUAUAGCACAUAUUUUUAAUGUUUCAUCAUUGGUACAUGACAGCAUGUAGGUUUUUAUUGCAUAAGAUUUCAGUUGCAUGUUUAAAUAAGAUAAACCUUUUAGAUGGUCAAUUAUACAACUUGUUUUUAAAUAAAUUUAAAAGACAGUGAAGAUAUCAGAGUGGUGUCAACCUUUAAGUCCAUCAGAACACAAAGUCUUUUAAAGUGCAAAAAGUGAGUAUCUUUUUAUUAAGGAUAAAUACAGUAUAAUAAACUGAGUAAAUUCAGUUUUAAUACACCUCCAUUCAUUCAACUUUGCAAAUGAAAUGUCUUCAAUAAUGCUAAGCCUCAUGUCCAAUUUAGGAUAAUGCUACCACCUUAAGGUUGAAAUGUUACAUUACACAGCAAUUUGUGUGCUUAGGGCAUUUUCAAAAACAUUAACAUACAUGUGUGUAUGCAGGAUCAGAUGUUUUAUAGUAAUCUAUCAUGAACAUUUCUCAUAUCAAAUGUUUAAUAACGUCUCAAUGGACUAUGCAGUCAUGUGGCCACCAGAUCAGACUGCCUGUGAUCAAACUCUUGCUUAAUUUGGUGAAAAAAAGCCUAGUGCUGCACAUUUUUUAGUGCAGAUAAGUCUCAACUGCUGUUGGAUUACAGUGUCAGAUAAUAUUUUCCACCACAGAGAUAAAAUCCUCUGUAGUUGUGCAAAAACACCAAGAAAGCUACAGUGAAGUUUCAAAGUGCAAUUUGUCAGCAUCGACAACCAAAAAUUACUUUCAGUCCAAUAAAAUUUCUUUUAUGGUCUAUUAACGGAACAGAAAUCAAAAAGGUAUAUAGUAAAUAGCUACUGUGUGAAAUUAAAAGAUGUAUGUUACUUUACUGUUGAAUAAUUGAAUGGAGUUAUUGUUUGAUACUAGGAAAAACAUUUUAAAAUAUCUAAACGUGACCAAAUGCAAAGUUGAUUUACUCACACAAUAUCACACAAAAUAAAAUUGAAUGAGCAAUUUAUAUCUCUACAACUUUAAAUAAAGAAUUAGAGUUUAGUAAAAUAGAAAUUUAUCACUAAUGAAAAUUAAUACAUAUUCACAUUACAUAAAAUACUUCAGCAUGGAUCCAGUUCACAUAAAUCACAACCACGUCCACUUAACUAAAAGUACUCUCUGUGAUUUAUUUGAUUUGGAAACCAGGGCAGAAAAGCUCAAAACUGUUUUUGUGGCUUUCAAUUCUACAUAACUGCGAUCCUACAAAAUGUCAGUUGUGACUGAAAAGCUGCCUAUCUCAUUAAAUCUAUUAUCUUGAAUUAACAGCAUGACAAAGCAGAGAUAAGAAUGGCUGUUUUGGGCUUGUGAACUACAGUACUUCUACAGCAAUCAGAUCAAAAAUAAUCUUAAUACAAUUAUAGAAUGGAAAAAAAAUAUU